AUGUCCACGUAUUUUCCUAAAUCAGUCAAAAACAGAGCGAAGGCAAUAGUUCAAUACACUAAAUCACCUCUUUUUUACUCAAGAUGGAGACCUUCGAGUUCAUUAUUUAACUUUACAAAGAAUCGUCCUACGUUAUCUAGGGGUUGCCCUGUUUUUCAUACAGUAUUUGACACUCUAAAUAGAAAGGCUACUGGGUUGAGGAGAUACAGGGUAAAAACCGUACCUCAGGAACCUAAAACAGACUAUACUCCUGAAAAUUGCCAUAAUAUGAACCAUAGAUUUAGAUUUGAGCUGAAUGGAGUCUUUAAUGAUAAAUGUUUUGAAAGUGAAUUACAAUCGCAUUGCAAUCAGCUCUCACUGGUAGGAUGGAUAAAAUGUAGGCAGAAUUUCGCAAUUGGACACGUUAGUUUCCGAAACGUUAUCGCAACAUCGCAAAUGAAGAGAUGGAUGGAAAUUUGUGGUACUAGACAUGCAAACAUAACUAGAGUGACAUUCUCGGAAGAAAAUUAUUCUAUAACUCAGUUAGAUUACAGCGAUCUUACGGUUGUUAAAGACUAUCGAAGACCGCAGAAAAAACUUCAACAUGAUCAAGCAGUAAAGGAAAAAAUGCAAAUGUUAAAGCUAUUGACAGAGUCUAGAAGUAAUGUUUAA